UUAAUUGUCAUCAAACUUACUAAACUUACUGAGCAAAAGAACCAUUUGUGAAAUAUAUUUCAUAUAGUUAAGAGUCUUCGAGCGUUAAUACGAAACUGUAUAACACAAAACAUGAAUACGAAGAAUAUUAUUAUUUUAUUAUGUUUCAUAUUGUAUUAUAUUGCAACAGUAUAUUCUAAUAGCGAUGAGGCCGUUAGCAUGGAAAUAGACGCAACGGAAGUAGAAUUAUUGGCCAAACAAAUGGAUAAACUCAAAAUACGUUCAACGACAAUAGAUAAACUUCGAAAUUCCUUAAAACCAGCAGGAGUUAGGGAUUUAUUACGAUUGCAAUCCAUGCCUAGGCCAUUCUGUCUGAAUGCCGUCAAGAAAUUUUUGAUUGAUAGACGUUGGCCAGCAGAUAUUGUGGAAGAACUUUUUAGAGCACAUAACGAAGGUACCUGGCCUCCUGGUAUAUCAAACGCAGGAUUCCGUCUGGAUAAUAUAAAUUAUGUAAAAAGUUAUAAAUGCAGGUAUAUUCCUGUUACAAACAUUCCAUGUCAAGCAGUAAUAGUGUUCACUGAUGAUAAUAUAACGAUGCCUGAUAAAAUGAUUGCCGACAUAGGAUUUUUAAUGAUUUUCAACUCAAGUGGAAUUUAUGUAAUCCAAUAAAGUUUUUGUAUCAUAUCGAUUGAGACACUUAUUUUAUACUAAUUAUAACAUUUUUUCUCCAUUUUAUCUGUUAUACUAUUCAAUAUAUUCAGAAAGUUCUAAAAUACUUUUGAAUAAUAUCUAAUUUACAUAUAAAAUAAAUAUAAUGGAAACAAACCAUUUUAAAAAUUUUAACGAUUUAUUUGUUGUUAUAAUGUGUGUAUUAUUAGAGACAUAUAAUACCUACAGUCAUUUAAAAGUGUCAUACUAGUGAUUAAACAAAGAUUGACGGUUAUUGUAGAUAAUAAUAAUUUCUUCUAGAUAUUUUUAUAAACAUGCAAACGUCUAUUCCGUAUUUUUGUCUUUUUUAACUUGAUAUAUUAUUAUUCUUGUAUAUCUUUGUACAUCACCAUAAAUACAAAUUUACUUCUCUUUCCAAACCCAGUUGUCGCACCUCGAAUAAAAUCCUAAUUAGUCAAAUAAUUUAUAUAAG